GCGCGCGGUUGCUCUUAUCGGCGAGAGCAGCUGCCAGGAAGCGGAACGAAUGAAGUUCAUUUUUCACUGUUGGUGAUGGCGGAUGUUGUCGAAAUAGAGACUACGAAGAAUUAUAACAUAGCUGUUGAGAGGAUAGAUCCAAUUACAAGUCGCUAUCCUUACUGUAUUGUCUGGACGCCUAUACCUGUUCUAUCAUGGCUCCUGCCAUUCAUAGGCCACAUUGGAAUCUGCACCUCAGUCGGCGUGAUCCGAGACUUUGCAGGGCCCUACUUUGUCUCAGAGGACAACAUGGCCUUCGGAAGACCCACUAAGUACUGGAUGCUUGACAUAAGCAAAGUCUAUGCCAGUGGUUCCAAUGCCUGGGACACAGCAGUACAUGAUGCCUCUGAGGAGUACAAACACAGAAUGCACAACCUUUGCUGUGACAACUGUCACUCACAUGUCGCCAUGGCGCUGAACCUGAUGCGCUACGACAACAGCACCUCGUGGAACAUGAUCAAUGUUUGCCUGCUCGCCCUCAUCCACGGAAAGCAUGUCAGCUGUGCUGGGUUUUUGAAGACUUGGCUGCCCUUCCUCAUCCUCUUCAGCGCGAUCCUGGCUGUGGCGCUCACUCUCAACCUGCGCUGAUGGACCUGAAGCACACAGAGACGUGAGCCGAUGAGAGGACGGGCUCAUGGAGGCGACGGGGCGAACCGAGAGGGGAGUCUCGGCCCUCCUUCAUGGGGAACAGUGGAAAGGAAAGGGGUGUGGAUGGGUUUUUAAGGCCUCGUACCCGUGGCUCGCUAUUUGAAGUAAAAGAGAAAAAAAAAAAUUACAUAACAAUUUUCUCACCCCCUACACUUGAGUGUAAUGACACGAGGCUAACGUUACUAUUAGCCUCGCAUAUACUGUAACUUCACCACAGAGUACAGAGACAUGGCCGACGCCACUGAAGGCAGUCAGUACAGCUAAGCGCGUUCGAGAAUUCAACUCAGUGACUUGCUUGAAUUUCAGAGGCUCCGGUUAGUAGCUACCUUCUUUGGAGGUUUCUAUCCCUUCUGUUGCUCUGGUACAGGAGGAGGGCCUAGGCCUUUUACAAAGUGGUUGUCUGUUUUUAAUAAUGUUCAAUAAUGUUUAAUGUUCAGUUUCUCAUGUUUGCCUUGUGAGAUUGUCGCGUUUUUGCUUGGUUUGAUGCGGCUCUUCCCCUAUUCAGUGCUGCAGAUUGGCAUGGCUUUAGCUUUUUUUAAUUUGAUUUGUUGGUGUGCGUGUUAAGUUCUUUUGCCGCAUUAGUGAAUGUGAACACUACAACUAGCAGCGAGCAGCUAGCAUACCCCCACGCUGUUAAAUAUUUUCAAAUGCUUUCUAGCUUACAUCGCCUCGUUUGCUUUUAUAUGAAACACAGACUAGUUUCUGGAUUUUCUAAAGAAACCUCUGUGCUCUGACUGUGUGAAAUUCUGUUUGGUACAAUAGUAACCGGUAACUAUUAGGAGCUGAAGCCGUGGCUUUUGAUGGAAGUGUGCAUGAUAUGCUUUGAGUGUGUCAAGUCUGUUUGUUGUCUUCCAGCGUUUCUGAAUGUGAGAGUAGGAAUCAACAUGAGUCCAAGUGGGAAUAGAUGGCUUUAAUCCAUCAGCAGGCGUUGCCCCAAUCGCCCCCUUCCCAAAAGAAAGCGACAUUGAUGUCUGUCUAUGGGGAGUACGCAGAGGAUGACAUGGUCCAGGGCUUUUUUUUGCGGUGAUUGAAUUCUCAUUCUCCUCAACUCUAUAACUAUAUCCCGACUUUAUAAAAGACGCAUUGACCCCUUUCUUCAUCAGCUGUGUUUUUUUCCCUCUUUUACUCCUUCUCCUCAUUUCUUACCUCUUUCAUCCCCUGAUCCAUGAAACUAAUGAAUGCAGUCAGUGCCUAGGCCAGGGGUAGAAAAAACAAAGUCUGCUUUUCCCUCCAUGUUCAAUGUAUCCACAUGGUUCCAGGAUUAGGAAUAACAGUCUGUGCCCCAAUGAACUCCAAACUCAAUGGCUGUCUUUACAGCAGGUUUUAUUUUUUGGUUUUUGGUUUUGCUCUCUCGCGGCAUUCUGUGUAGGACACUGACAAUGAUGUCAAUCUUCAUUUGUUUACCCUUCUUUUUUUUAGCCUCGAUGGACUGUACAUAUUAACUUUCCAUUUAGUUCCAAACACCAGUUGAACUCGCUGUAAUCCUGCACGAUUGCCAGGACACCAAACCCGUUGCCAUGGCUUCAGUGGCAGAAUCAAAUCCCCCCUUUGUUUGGAAUCAAACAAAAAAAGCACUGCCCCCCACACCCCACCCCACCCCACCUCCACACCCCACCUCCACAACCCCUCCUUUACCCUUCCCACCAUCCCCUCCACCUCCUCCCCCGCUCUCCCUCUUUCUGGCUGGAGCGGCCGAAGCAGCAGGUAGUCGGAGGUUCCUGAGGUCGGUGGAGAGCCCCGUCUGCGUCCCCCUUCCUUGAGUGUGAGAGGAACGGAGAGGAGUGCAGCCCCGCUGGCUCCCAGCACCCCGCGACCAGAUUAGGGGGACGCCACGGGGAGGAAAUGCCCAUGGCCAAAACGCCUCACGUGGGGCCUUUCGGGGGCUUUUCUUCCCAGCCACUUCAAGACGUUCCUCCUCCCUGGUAACGUGAGGCAUUCAGAUGCGGCCGCUGCUGCUGCACUAGGGAGGGGUGUGGGUGUGAGCAGGUGUUUGUUUCCACACCUUGUCCAGCACAGUUUAAAUAACUAGAAAUGUUUUUUCCUGAUUUAAUUUGUUUUUUCAUUUAAUUUAGUGAGCUAUUUUUUCAUUUCUAGUCUUUUCAUGAUGCUCUGAUAGGCCUGUCAUGAUAACUCUGUUGGACUUGACUUGACCCUGUGACUCUGGUGGUAGAUGCUUUUUGUAAAUAUUGAACUUGCUAUUUAGUAAGAUCCAGACCUAGUGACCUUUUCUGUUCUGGUGAGUCAUUCAUAUGUAGCAUUGACUCUUACAUCACAACAGGCUUCUGUACAACAGACUCAUUUGUGAAUGUCUGUGUAUAUGUGACAGUGUCAGUGUGUGUGUGUGUGUGCGCCAUCAUGCACAUGUGUGCAUCAUUCUUUCCGGUUGUGUGCAUGUGUUUGCCUGCAUGCCAGCAUGUGCCAAUUGUAAUCAUGAAAACAUGCCUGCGUUUGUGUGUGUGUGUAGGCUACUAGUGUGUGUGUGUGUGUGUGUGUGUGUGUGUGUGUGUGUGUGUGUGUGUGUGUGCAGGUGUUUAGUGCUAGCCAGGCAGCCAUUGGCAGCCCCAACACUCAUCUCUCCAUGAAUGUGGCAGAGACGUCUCAUGACAGACCUUUUGUUUACUCCACAGCAGCAUAUCAUUUCUGAAUACUGCAUAACUGCAUUUGUACGGACCGCAACAUAAUAAGCUACGUUUAUACAUAAAAUUCUUAUCUAGAGGCUAUUUUUAAGGAUGUAUUUUUGCUGACAUAUUACUAUAUUAUCCGUGUAGAUUGUGUACACCAGUUAACAGAUUGUAAUACUCUCUUCAAGUGAGCCUGCUUUGUGGAAGUGUCGUUGACCCAGUUGCCUGUAACAAAUGGUUGUCGCGGAGCAAUAGAUUAAACUACGAAGCGCAGGAUUCAUCUUCUCUCUUGUGCCGACAGAGAUAUACUAGAAACCGCAGCAACAGGACUGUGCAGUUGGUGAGCUACCUGAAGCGCCAUGCUUCCCAAGAAACAGUUUGGUGCUUCCAUUUUCGUAUCCCCAAGCUGAAGCUCUCACCCUCCCCUCUUUCUUUUGCAAUUAACAGUGUUGCUCUCAGCGGUGGUAAUGUCCCCAGCCACCUCUGCCUGUACAACGAUAAUCUCAUUACUCAGUUUUUGACUGACAUUUUCUGGAAGAUUCUGUGAGGUUUUCAGCAUUUGGUGAAUUAGUGGCAGAUAGAUCAGUAUGCUGUUCUUGAGUCCGGUAUCGUCCUCACUUUCUGCUGCUGUGUCCGAGGAGCAGAGGUUUUCUCGGCACUUUUCCAGGGUCCUCCUCUGUCACGUGUGUAUCUCUCUUCUGUCUCUCCCUACUCAAAAACACUCCUGAUUUAAAGUCUGCGUGGUUAAAAUGUAUACGAUUUGCUAUCAGCCAAGUUCAGCUAAUCAGUUGCAUUGAUUACUUCUGUCAGGCAAUCAGAGCAGUAAUGACUGGAAGAUGUGACGUGUGUGGAAACAGGAGUGGCAGGAGCGAGGCUUCCUGUGUCUGAGGAUUUUCACUGUCACAACAUGUUGGUGGUGGAGACUGUUGUUAUGUCACCAGAGGCUGGCAAUGAUAGAGCAGUCAUCUUUUUUUUUUCAUCUCCACACGGGUCGGCUGUGCACCGUCUAGCCUACCCCCUACUUGUCACCCUCCUACUUGUCCAAAGGACUCAACCUCUGCUGCUGAUUUGGGGUGAAAUGAACGUCAUAAGCUAUCAGAGUCAGGGUUUGGGGAUGCGGAGACCGGUUCAUUUCUGCCAGUUCAAACAGGUGACAAAAGCUUCUCAGUAAGUUUUCCACACAAGGGGGGAAAUCACAGUGUUCUGGAAUUCCAGUAUUCCAGCUCUCUCUUGGUUCUUUCUAGAUUAACUACUACAGUGCUGUACUGUCCAGCCAAAGUGCUCUGCAAAUAAAGGAAUCUAAGAAAUGGUGUGAUCUUGUAAUGUCUGUAAAUGACAUGGAACUAUCUUAAUAAAAUCAUAUUUAUU